AAUAAGUAUUUGUAUAACUAAAUUCAUAGCCUACUUUCAGUUGGAUUGAAAUUGCUGGAGAGGACUGCCGAUAUUUCAAAUAGCCAACACUUGGUUAGAUGCUGAGAACACUUCCCGUUGACAAUUUGAUUAGAUUAAAUAUGAAGCCUAUGGCUGACAUUAAUUGUACUUUUGAUCAACAUGGGGACCCAAAUGGAGAUAGAUUACUGCUCCAGGCGCUGUGGGAUGAUCUGCGAGCGCGACGAGAGUUCCUCACGUCACCUUAUCUGCCCGCAUGCUUUGCGUUCUUCAUCCACAUUCUCCUCUGCUCACCUUUUCUAGUGUUUGAAGCGCUGGGAUGUUUCUGGCCACGGAUGCAUUUCUACAGGAUCUCUAGGAACGCUGAACCGUUGGGGUUGUGUUUGCAGCGAUGGGUUGACUGCUUUUGGAGGAUUUUUAUCAAAUACCUGACAACUAUUCUCCCCGCCAGCGCGCUUUACCAAAGCGUUCGGAAUCCAAUAUUUCCAGAACUCGCGCCAUCCUGGAGAGUGCUCAUAGCGGAGGUUAUCGCAUGCCUACUUCUAUUCGAUGCGCUGUUCUUCAUAUGGCAUUAUUCCAUGCAUCGGGUUCCUUGGCUGUAUCGGAUAGUCCACCAGGCUCACCACCAGAACCGGAUUACCUUUGCCCUGACUGCCCAGGAUGCCAGCCCAGCUGAGCUCCUCUCCCUGCAGGUGCUGGCCCUGACCAGUGCCUGGGUGGUGGGCUGCCACCCUUUGAGCGAGGCCCUGUUCCACCUGCUCAACACCUGGCUGGCCGUAGAAGACCACUGUGGUUAUGACCUGCCCUGGGCCCUCCAUAGACUGCUGCCCUGCUUCGGAGGGGCCCCCUUCCACCAGGCACACCACCACGUCUACAGGGGGAACUACGCCCCCUACUUCAGGCACUGGGACUGGCUUUGUGGGACCUACCUGAGGGUAAGGGAGGAGGCUGGGAGGAAACAUGGAGGGAGGACAAUGAGGAGGAGGAGGAGGAGGAAAAGCCUGGGGUCUGACUGUGUAUGUAUGUGCACGUACAACAAAGCUUAAAUCACAUCAGGAGACCACGUUUGAGGUGUGAGGAAGAAAAUAAAACUUUUAGUUCCCCUUUUAAUUUCAAUUGAGCACAUCAAGAGACUGGUUUUUGGCUGGCAGUGUUUCUGUACUGCAUGUGCAAUAGCAGAGUUUGCUAAUCAAAAUACCACCUGAUUUGAUACAAUUCAUUCUACCAGGUAAGCCUACUUUGCAGUUAACAUUUCAUUUGGAAAGUUUACUGGAAGGCCUUUAGAAAUGACUGUUUCUGCAAUGUUAACUGACUUUCCUAGUUAAAGUAUACAUGUAAAAAAAAAAAUGUACUGGCUGCACAAAGUGGUAGACACAGGCAUUCCCAUGCCAUUGCAUCUUCAGAAAGUUGCAAUAAAUACAAAUCACAGAUGCAUUAUUUAAUAUUCUUUACAUGUCGGCUUUGGAUUGAACCAAUCUGCUUUUUCCUCUAUGGCACUACGAUUUUUAACAUUUAUUUAACUAGGCAAGUCUGUUAAGAACAAAUUCUUAUUUACAAUGACGGCCAAACCCGGACAACGCUGGGCCAAUCGUGUGCCUCCCUAUGGGACUCCCAAUCUCGGCCAGUUGUGAUACAGCCCGGAUACAACUUGGUAAAACAGCCACACGGUGAAGCCUCAACUAGCUCUCACAGUCUCACGUCAGAAUUAGACGUUCGUCCAUGUUUCUCAAACAAAACUUUUUGAAGUUGUUGCAAAUUUCAAAGUGUUUAAGGUUAAGUUUAUGCAUUAACUCCGAAAUCUUAAGGUUAGGCAUUAACUCUGAGUGGUUAAGGUUUGGGAUAGGCUUAAAACAAAAAUCUCAAACAUCUUUCUGUUGCUGGAUUGGAAAUUGCAUCCUACAGAAUCAGAGACAGAAUCCGAAGCUUGUCGUGGAAAUAAGUCACUCUGGGUUCAUUCUGUUGUUAUCUGCACGUGGGUGAUGUCUUCACCCCUCCCUGGCUUAGUUUCCCAGAUGAAAGGAUGAUUUAGAGACAAUGAGGAAUUGUUCUAAACUCCUCCUGGUUACACUAACCACAUAUUUUCUAUGCAAUGCAGUCUUUAACUCAUUUGUCAACUCAAGCCAUCUCUGGUGACCAUACGCUCAGAUUAGCUGCAGGGAAUUAGAGUGGAGACCAAAAAAACACAGACACUAACAGAACAGAAAUAUCCUAUUUGUUAAGUAUUAAUAUCAAACAAAUCAGGUAAACAUGUAAUUUUUCUAUCACAGGCUUCAGAGACAAUAAGAAUAAUGCAUUUUAUUUGGAAGGUGCCUUUCAGAUGAGUUUCAAGACACCACAAAAAAUCUAGUGCUGUACAUAAAAUCAAUUCCAUUCAUGAAUUCAAAUGAAUUUGAAUUAUGCUUGAUUAUUUACAGUUGAUCAACUUCAAAAUAAUGGACGGGUUCUGGCACGUGUCACUUCACACUGAUACCAUGUGCAGGAAACAGCAGCGUACCACUGUGUAGGCUAGGCUACACUGUGUAGGCUACUCAGUGUUAGCUAGCUAGUUAGCCAAACAAACCUCACUGUUAAUCUUGUUCAAGAGACCUUGUAUAAAAGAGGAUGUUGGCGCAGUUAUUUGAUAUCAGUGAUUUUGCCAUGAAGGGCCUCCAAUCCCCCUCUAUAUCAGUCACUGAUUGCAUUGAUCUAAUCAAGGGCCUUAAAUAUAGUUUCAGUACAUUCAGAGACAAUGAUCAGCACUACAACACUGAUACUUUUAGAAAUCAUGAAACACGCUUCUCUACUUCGACUCGCACUCUCUACCUCCCUCUGCUGAGACAUAACCAUCAGUCCAGUGAAAUAAAAAAGUUAUUUCAACUUACACUCUGAUGCGCUUCGCAAGUUGUAGGCUACAAAAACUGACCUAUUACCAGUGUCAUCAUAUAGCCUAGCUAGAGACUCCAGUUUUGAAAUAUACAGGACUCUAAUUGGACCUCUCUUAUUAUAUAUUAAAUUAGGCAAAUUAAUGAAACAAUAUUUAUUUCCAGUCAAUGGCCUAUCAUUUUUAGGAAAGAAGUUUAAUUGGAAAUCGAACUUAGCUCUGUGCUUCUCCACCCAUGCACUAUAGUUAGGCCCUAUAGGCUAUUGAACCAUUUCAUUGAUAUCACACAUUGUAGGAACACUUGAUCUCCUGCACCCAGCGGAGAAUUGCACUAGGCUUGUAUUUUUACUCAGAAAGUGAUCUCGUCUAAGAAAAGGUUGGUGACCACUGUUCUUGUCUAUAUUGGCUAUGGCUGCCUAUUGUCAUUAUUACAGUUAUAUCUGGGCAUUAUGUUCUAGUCUCAUAGUCUAUUAAUUAAGCUUUAGGCCUCUGGUUUAUUAUGUGUAGAUCUAUGUGAGUCGCAUGUUAAAUGCAAGAGUCAUGCAUUUACGAAGGCCUACAAAACGAAUGUCAUUUAAUGCAAAAUCACAUGUUAAAUGGUUUGUUGUGUGUGAUUGAUUACAGUAGGGUUUAAGGUAGGCUAUGCUUUAAUGAUAAUUUAAUGAUUUGAGUGCCUAAAUUUAGUCCCAAUGUCACGCUCGUUAUAAUGAUGAUGGUCGGACCAAGGCGCAGCGUGAGUAUAGUUCCACAUCUUUUAAUGAAUAAGUGAAACUGAAAACAAAAUAACAAAACUUAAAGACCCGUGACUACGUAGUGCUCAAACACACUACAUAAACAAUAUCCCAUAACCCACAGGUGGGAAAAAUUCUACUUAAGUAUGAUCCCCAAUGAGAGACAACGAUAACCAGCUGCCUCUAAUUGGGAAUCAUACAAAUCACCAACAUAGAAAAUCUAACCUAGAACCCCACAUAUAAAAUAUAAACUCGAACAAAAAAAACCUGGUCACGCCCUGACCUACUCUACCAUAGAAAAUACAGGUUUUCUAUGGUCAGGAUGUGACAUCCAUCUAAAUUUUUGAUGGCCCUGCCAUCAACGGAUUUCUGCCUACACCACGUAUGUGUGUGUGUGCGUGUGGACAUAACAAUGGUAUCCAUGAGUUCAUCUGACUCUGGGGAAGUAGAUAAAGGGCUUCAUUGCCAAAAUUGUAAAGUAUCCCUUUAAGCUUAGGGGUUAGGUUGGGGUUCAGUUUAGGAGUGAAUGUUAGAGUAACGGUUAGGUUUAGGAAAAACAGUUUUUGAUUGGAAAUACAUUUUAUAAAGUGUGUGUGUUUUGUAAAUUCCAGGUGCUUAUGUGUUGAUUCAUAUGGGACUUAGGUAUGGCAGAGAUCUCAAUAUGUGAUGAGCAUAGAUGUAGAGAGACAAUGCUGGUCCUUUGGCUAAAUUGGCAUGUUUGUAAUAGACUGUUAAUAGCUUGUUAUAAUUACUCUACUCUUAUAGUCAGGCUAUUUAUUCUACUGUCACUACUAGCCCAGCUAGCGCAUAUCGUUCUGAUAACCAUAUGUUUCUUAGAGCUUCGUAAGAGCGUUUUUUUUCCUCUGAUUAUUUUCAGGUGUGAAAGUAAGGCACUAUGGUGCAAAAUAUAUAGUGUGGGUUUCACUGUACAUGAGCCUAUCAAAAUAAUUAAAAUAAAAUGUCAACGAAAACUGUAGGCAAUUACACCACCUUUUAUCACUACUGCAUGUUAGAGGCAUGAAAUAUGAGCAAAUGGACUUGAAAACAGCUGUUGUUGAAACAACUGCUCUUGUUGUCGAGAACUGUUAAGCAUUCACCCAGGGUUUAUUCAAUAGUGACCUGCGCAGGGGAGACCUUUUCUGGAUGCAGCCAGCAUUGGACUCUUAGACAUAAAUACAUUUUAGCAUAUAUAGGCAAGGAACAUCUGGUUCAGUUCAGCACACUCCUCUCUACUGAGGUUUCUUGGCAAGCUUAUGUAACGGGUGUGAAACGGCUAGAUUAGUGAGCGGUGGUGCGCGCUAAAUAGCGUUUCAAUCGGUGACAUCACUUGCUCUGCAAGGGCCGCGGCUUUUGUGGAGCGAUGGGUAACGAUGCUUCGAGGGUGACUGUUGACGUGUGCAGAGCGUCCCUGGUUCGCGCCAAGGUCGGGGCGAGGGGACGGACGUAAAGUCUAUACUGUUACACUUAUCUAUCACAUAGUGGCAUCCAAGUGAUACAACCCCACCCCCUCUUUUCAAUGUAUAACAUGUGGGAUUGCUGUUCCAUGUUCCCCUUCUCCAAUCGUUAUAACACACAGUACAGUUGUCUAAGAAAAUUGUCAUCGGUAUCUUCACAUUGGUAUAGCCUAUACUCCAAAAUGUGAUGUGGUUAGAAGAGAACACUGACAUUUUGCCAAGGCAAUGGUGAGUUGGCGCCACCAAGACGCACAUGGACAGCAUAAAUUCUGGCUUAAUGCAGGGAUGCAAACUAGUCACCUUUAGGUGAAAUUCGCGGUUUUGAAUCCAAAAUAGGUGACCCAGUCGCGUUUGGAGCUGUAUCCAAAGCUCAUCCAAUCAUUUACUCAGCCAAUCGUUUACGUAACAGAAAGCAGCGCUGCACGGGACUGAAGAAAGAAGAGACAACCAAUUUAUGAGUUACAGCAUCAGCGUGCGCGCUGGAAAGUCAGUUUGCCAGUUACAGAAGCACGUCCCCUUUUAUUUAUUUAUUUAACCAGGUAGGCUAGUUGAGGAUAAGUUCUCAUUUACAACUGCGACUUGGCCAAGAUAAAGUAAAGCAGUUCGACACAAACAACAACACGGAGUUACACAUGGAAUAAACAAACAUACAGUCAAUAAAACAGUAGAAAAAGUCUAUAUACAGUGUGUGCAAAUGAGGUAAGAUAAGAGAGGUAAGGCAAUAACUAGGCCAUGGUGGUGAAGUAAUUACAAUAUAGCAAUUAAACACUGGAGUGAUAGAUGUGCAAAAUAUGAAUGUGCAAGUAGAGAUACUGGGGUGAAAAGGAGCAAGAUAAAUCAAUAAAGUAUGGGGAUGAGGUAGUUGGAUGGGCUAUUUACAGAUGGGCUAUGUACAGGUGCAGCGAUCUGUGAGCUGCUCUGACAGCUGGUGCUUAAAGAUAGUGAGGGAUAUAUGAGUCUCCAGCUUCAGUGAUUUUUGCAGUUCGUUCCGGUCAUUGGCAGCAGAGGACUGGAUGGAAAGGCCGCCAAAGUAGGAAUUGGCUAUGGGGGUGACCAGUGAAAUAUACCUUCUGGAGCGUGUGCUACUGAUGGGUGCUGCUAUGGUGACCAGUGAGCUGAGAUAAGGUGGGGCUUUGCCUAGCAUAGACUUAUAGAUGACCUGGAGCCAGUGGGGUUGGUGACGAAUAUGAAGCGAGGGCCAGCCAACGAGAGCAUGCAGGUCGCAGUGGUGGGUGGUAAAUGGGGCUUUGGCGACAAAACGGAUGGCACUGUGAUAGGCUGCAUCCAGUUUGUUGAGUAGAGAGUUGGAUUCUAUUUUGUUAAUGACAUCGUCAAAAUCGAGGAUCGGUAGGAUGUUCAGUUUUACGAGGGUAUGUUUGGCAGCAUGAGUGAAGGAUGCUUUGUUGCGAAAUAGGAAGCAGAUUCUAUAUUUAAUUUUGCAUUGGAGAUGCUUAAUGUGAGUGGAGGGAGAGUUUAGUCUAACCAGACACCUAGGUAUUUGUAGUUGUCCACAUAUUCUAAGUCAGAACUGUCCAGGGUAGUGAUGUUGGACGGGCAGGCGCGAUAACGAAGAGGUAACGUUAGGUGAGAAACCUGACCACGGAGACAAGGGUGAGAAAGUGAUGAAGCGUACUUCAUGAGCUAUAACUGAAAAACUACUGGCAUUUGGAAAGUUUGAGGUGAGGGAGAAAGUGUGGAGGAAGAAGUAAUAGCAUUAAGUAUUUUGCUAGCUGGAUCGAAUUCUCUGCUAUCCAGAGAAAUGUUGAGCAGCAUUAUCAGAUCAAAUAAUUGAGUGUAUGGUGUGAAAAUUAGCUUGCUAAUAAAAUCAGACGGCUAACGUCAGCUAAAGUUACAACAUCAGAUGAUCUAACAUUAGUAACCUAACCAAUUCGCUAUAGUAUUAACUGGUAUACGACUCCUUGCCCUUCCUCAAGUUAUAACCUGUUAGAUUGCCAGGGUCCAGUAAGCAACUAUGUGAACUGUUAACUAGCUAACAAACUAACCACUAUGCUAGGUAAUGUUUUCCCUUUACAGUAUGUGGUUAAUUUUCAGAGUGAGAGAAUUAGGUGAAAAUGAGGCAUUGCUUGUUAAACAAGUGGAUUCAGGGAUGAAGUGUAGCUGGAGAUGGGCCUGGCUUAAACUGGAGGCCACUAUAGAGGUGAAAGGAACACCACACACGUUCCCUCUUUCUCACUUUUGCUGAUGUCCACAGACAGAAAGUGUACAAUGUAAUAAUGUGCAGUGGAGCCCAAAUAUAUUGUUGUGUUGAACUUGACAGUAACAUGUGAGUGAGGGGGGAUUAAAUAUAUUUUUUACUAAGUGAAUGUUAUUUUUGCCAAUAUAGCCUUGUGCACUUGAUCGAUGUCUACUAUAGUGGCCACUAUAAUAGAGCAAAAAUAUAAUGCCUGUUUCAGUCUAUUUCUACUUUAAGAUGUUUUUUCCCAAGUGCAAUAUGUGUGUGUGGUCACAAACAUUCUAUUAUAAAGGCUGGCAUGGCUAACUGCAAUAUUAGUGUAUUGUUUUUUUUCUGAAGACUUGUCAUUUGCAGUAAAGUCUAGGAAACAAAUGACAUUGGAUUGCUUGCUUUACAUUUUUUAGUUGCGAGUCAGGUUCACAUGAACCACUUUUUUUUUCUUUGUUCUUUGUUGUUUAAUUAGUUAAAGCCUGCAUUUCCCCCUAACGGAUUUUUUUGCAUGUUUCAGUGCAAAAAAAAAGGGUCACCUUUUUGGGCCCUCAGCCGUUUGCAUCCCUGUUAAUGACGAUCGGAAAAUGUCAUCACACAUUUUGGUGUUUUGUGUAACAGAUGUCUCCUUCCAUUCACCACUGUUUGGAGGCUGUAAAUAUUUUGCGAGUGGAUGUAUGUCCGCGGGUAGAAACACAAUAUUAUAAAUGUUUUAUUACAGUUGAAGUCUGAAGUUUACAUACUCUUAGGUUGGAGUCAUUAAAACUAGUUUUUCAACCACUCCACAAAUUUCUUGUUAACAAUCUAUAGUUUUGGCAAGUCAGUUAGGACAUCUACUUUGUGUAUGACACAAGUAAUUUUUCCAUCAAUUGUUUACAGACAGAUCAUUUCACUUAUAAUUCACUGUAUCACAAUUCCAGUGGGUCAGAAGUUUACAUACACUAAGUUUAUUGUGCCUUUAAACAGCUUGGAAAAUUCCAGUAAAUUAUGUCAUGGCUUUAGGAGCUUCUGAUAGGCUAAUUGACAUCACAUCAUGAGUCAAUUGUAGGUGUACCUGUUGAUGUAUUUCAAGGCCUACCUUCAAACUCAGUGCCUCUUUGCUUGACAUCAUGGGAAAAUCAAAAGAAAUCAGCCAAGACCUCAGGAAAGAAAUUGUAGACCUCCACAAGUCUGGUUCAUCCUUGGGAGCAAUUUCCAAAUGCCUGAAGGUACCAUGUGCACUAUUGUUUGUACAGAUGGACAAGUAUAAACUCUAUGGGACCACACAGACAUCAUACCGCUCAGGAAGGAGAUGCGUUCUGUCUCCUGGAGAUGAACGUACUUUGGUGCGAGAAGUGCAAAUCAGUUACAGAACAAGAGCAAAGGAGCUUGUGAAGAUGCUGGAGAAAACGGGUACAAAAGUAUCUAUAUCCACAGUAAAACGAGUCCUAUAUCGACAUAACCUGAAAGGCAAGGAAGAAGCCACUGCUCCAAAACCGCCAUGAAAAAAGCCAGACUACGAUUUGCACCUGCACAUGGGGACAAAGAUUGUACUUUUUGGUGAAAUGUCCUCUGGUCUGAUGAAGCUAAAAUAGAAUUGUUUGGCCAUAAUGACCAUUGUUAUGUUUGGAGGAAAAAGGGGGACGCUUGCAAGCUGAAGAACACCAUCCCAACCGUGAAGCACGGGGGUGGCAGUGUCAUGUUGUGUGGUGGCUUUGCUGCAGGAGGGACUGUAUUUGGCUAAGGUGUGUGUAAACUUCCGACUUCAACUGUAUCUGCCUCACUCUCAGAGAAAUAAGUUGUACUGCUUGGUUUUACACAGUCAAAUGUAACAAAUAACUACUUUUAUAUGUCAGAACUGUACAGAAAUAUUCAAAUGAUACAUUUGUGAUAUUUUUGCAUAUUACCCAGCAUCCUUUUCUGCAUCUGAAGUUUUGAAUUAUGUUGUUCCUCAUAUUUAGCUAAUUCAAAUUUGAUGUUCAUUUUCCAACUGAAUAAUGUUGCACUUUUAAUUAUACGUUACACAUUUUUUGUAUGUUAAUGUUUUACUGUAAUGUGAACAACUGGUCACUCCAGCCACAACUAUUUGUAAAUAACUGUUGUAACAUUGGCUGAGAAGAUGCUUUGGUCAAUCAAGGUAACCUUUGCAUGGCUAAUUACAAUAGUCAAUGUGGUUAAUGAUUAGGUCUAUUUGUAAAAGUAUGCUUGGAAGAUAUUAUAAAUACACUAUUUGUAAAGAAAAUAUAAAUGACCAAAUCAUCCUCUAGUGGCCUCAUGGGUGGAAUGUUUAUAAUUUCAUUUUUUUUUAAGUGUAUCGCUGAAAAUCUGGUUUCUUUUUAAAACGGUUCUGUUAUAUUUCAGUCUGCUGUGAUGUAAAUAAAGUGUAAUAUUGGGAUGCAA